AUAUAUAUAUCAAAAUCAUUAACCCAUCUUGAAUUAGCUUCGAAUUCUUGGUGGGUUGCUGAGAAAUAAGAGUGAAAGGAUUGAACUAUCCAUUCAUGGCUAACGUUGAACCAAAUCUUGAGCAGAAUAUCGACUAUGGCUGGGAUAAUGGAUUGAAGUACCUGAUAGUGGAUCCACAGAAAGGAGGGAUAUGGAACUUGUUCAAGUUCUUGGUGUUCCAUAACACCACAAGUGGUAUCAGGUUCUUGGAUAGCUCAGACGAGGAAGAAAAGCGUGGUGCAAUAGCUGAUCACAGGUUGGUCAUAUUGACAUCUAUUAUCGUACGCAGGAUCCUUGCACUUAUUGCCAAACCAUUGGCAUACAUUGGCUUUAUGGUCGACUUCUUUCUCAACCUCCUUUCUGAGAAUGACGACUUCAUUGGCUUGCUUGUCAACUUUCUCCAUGGGAAGGUGGUGAUACCGCACAGAGACUCAGAGACUUUCAUAAGCACUAUUGGGCAAUUGGAUGGGCGAAUAGACUUGUACAAGGGUGACAACUUGGUGAAACAGGUUGAUGAUUCUGUUUCUGCAGAGAGAAGCAUUAGUAUGGAAUUGGGUAACAGAGCUCUUGUGGAUCUUUCUAUCAUGGCUUCCAAAUUAGCUUAUGAGAAUGCUAAAGUCGUCAAAAAUAUCGUUAACAAUCACUGGAAGAUGCAUUUUGUGGAUUUCUACGACUGCUGGAAUGAUUAUCAAAAGGGAAGCAAUACCCAAGUGUUCAUACUCUGUGACAAACCAAAAGAUGCAAACUUGAUAGUGGUCAGCUUUAGGGGCACAGAACCUUUUAAUGCCUGUGAUUGGAGCACUGACAUUGAUUUCUCUUGGUACGAAAUCCCAAAAGCGGGAAAAGUCCAUGUUGGAUUCUUAGAAGCAUUGGGUUUAGGAACCAGAAGGGAUGCUCACACCUUUCAAUAUAACCUUCAGAGGCAGAACAGGAACUUCAACUAUCCAAAUUGCGAUCAUGACGUUACCAAAAUCCCUUCAGAAGGUACUGAAACAGUAUCAUCCGCCACUGAUUCUGAUAAGGAACAAAGCACAUGGGACAAUUCAUCUGAUUCCGAAGCGGCCAUUAGUAGUAGCAUUAGCAAUCUGAAGUUGGAAGUGGCGAAAAAGAGUGCAUACUAUGCUGUGACAAUGAAGCUGGAGAGCUUACUGAGGGAGCACAAGAAUGCAAAAUUUUUAGUCACUGGACAUAGCUUAGGCGGAGCAAUUGCGAUAUUAUACCCAACUGUGCUAGUAAUACAAGAAGAGAUGGAAUUAGCAGAAAGGUUACUUGGCGUGUACACAUUUGGGCAACCAAGAGUUGGGGAUGUGAAGCUGGGGAAGUUUGUGGAAGCCCAUUUGAACAAUCCAGUUCCCAAAUAUUUCAGAUUGGUCUACUGUAAUGAUCUCGUGCCUAGGGUGCCUUUUGAUGACCAUAUCUUCUCCUACAAGCAUUUUGGAGUGUGUCUCUACUAUGACAGCUGGUACUAUCAGCACAAAAUGGAUGAGCAGCCAAACCCAAAUUUCUUUGGAAUGAGAUAUUUGAUACCACAGCACAUGAACGCAGCAUGGGAGAUUAUGAGAAGCUUAGCAAUGGGAUACACUCAUGGGCCAGAGUACAAGGAAGGGUGGUUCUGUACAUUUUUCAGGUUAAUGGGAUUAUUAAUCCCCGGAAUUGCUGCCCAUAGCCCUAGAGAUUAUGUUAAUUCUAUCAGGCUUGGAAAGGAGCGAGUUACGCUCUCGUCUACCUUCAAAAGUUUCUUGCACAAAUAAAUGCUUGGAUUCAACAAGAAAGAGAAAAGAAAUAACUAACUUCAGCAGACAGCCCAGUUUGAUGUCAAAAACAUUGUGUUUUGUAGCUGUUCAAUUUGGACCAAGUCUCCAGGUUUGUAAUAAGUCCAUCUAAAUUGGGCAAGGGGCUUUCUACUGUGGAGUUUCAAUUGUGUAGUAAAAAUAAAAUUUUGUUACUUCACUAAAUAAAGUUGAGGAUUUUUUUUUUUCUUUUACAAAAUGUCUCUUUUAACUUAAUAAACCUGUACAAUACUAAUAAUCUUAGCUGAAAAAGUAGAUGAUAUGAUUCUGUCGCUACAGAUGCAAAUCACAUGAGAUCAUGGUUUCCUGUUCCAUCUCUUUGUAACAAUUUCUUUUUCCAGAAAACCAGAAGGAAAGCAA